CUGGGGGGGGGCGGGCGCCGCGGCGGCGGCGGCGGCGGCGACGGUCGUGGCUGCGGCCGGGGGAAGUGAAUGGUUUUACCCAGAGGGCCCUGCGCCGCCUUUCUCCGUUGGCACCGGCGCCGCUCCCCGCUCCUCCUCCCCGGCCAUGGCGUUCACAUUCGCGGCCUUCUGCUACAUGCUGGCGCUGUUGCUCACCGCCGCGCUCAUCUUCUUCGCCAUUUGGCACAUUAUAGCAUUUGAUGAGCUGAAGACUGAUUACAAGAAUCCUAUAGACCAGUGUAAUACCCUGAAUCCCACAGUUGAAAAGGUCAAAAAGAUUAAAAGAGUCAAAAUUGCAUUAAAGCUUGUACUCCCAGAGUACCUCAUCCAUGCUUUCUUCUGUGUCAUGUUUCUUUGUGCAGCAGAGUGGCUUACAUUGGGUCUCAAUAUGCCCCUCUUGGCAUAUCAUAUUUGGAGGUAUAUGAGUAGACCAGUGAUGAGUGGACCAGGACUCUAUGAUCCUACAACCAUCAUGAAUGCAGAUAUUCUAGCAUAUUGUCAGAAGGAAGGAUGGUGUAAAUUAGCUUUUUAUCUUCUAGCAUUUUUUUACUACCUAUACGGCAUGAUCUAUGUUUUGGUGAGCUCUUAGAACAACACACAGAAGAAUUGGUCCAGUUAAGUGCAUGCAAAAAGCCACCACAUGAAGGGAUUCUAUCCAGCAAGAUCCUGUUUCCAAGAGUAGCCUGUGGAAUCUGAUCAGUUACUUUAAAAAUGACUCCUUAUUUUUUAAAUGUUUCCACAUUUUUUGCUUGUGGAAAGACUGUUUUCAUAUGUUAUACUCGGAUAAAGAAUUUAAAUGGAAUUACAUAUAAAUUAAUAUAAAAUGAUUACCUCUGGUAUUGACAGGUUUGAACUUGCACUUCUUAAGGAACAGCCAUAAUCCUCUGAAUGAUGCAUUAAUUACUGACUGUCUUAGUACAUUGGAAGUUUUUGUUUAUAGGAACUUGUAGGGCUCAUUUUGGUUUCAUUGAAACAGUAUCUAAUUAUAAAUUAGUUGUAGAUAUCAGGUGCUUCUGAUGAACUGAAAAUGUAUAUCUGUCUAGUGGGAAACUUCUUGGGUUUUCUCAUCUGUCAUGUAGAUGAUUAUAUAUGGAUACAUUUACAAAAAUAAAAAGCGGGAUUUUUCCCUUUGACUUGAUACUAUCCCUGUAUAUUGCAUGAAUGAGAGAUUUCCCAUAUUUCCAUCAGAGUAAUAAAUAUACUUGCUUUAAUUCUUAAGCAUAAGUAAACAUGAUAUAAAAUAUAUAUGCUGAAUUACUUGUGAAGAAUGCAUUUAAAGCUAUUUUAAAUGUGUUUUUAUUUGUAAGACAUUACUUAUUAAGAAAUUGGUUAUUAUGCUUACUGUUCUAAUCUGGUGGUAAAGGUAUUCUUAAGAAUUUGCAGGUACUUUAGAUUUUCAAAACUGAAUGAGAGAGAAAAUUGUAUAACCAUCCUGCUGUUCCUUUAGUGCAAUACAAUAAAACUCUGAAAUUAAGACUCACUUUCAGUGGAUUGUUUGAGAUUACAAAUAGUGUUUCUUAAACUUGCUUAAUUUAUAAGCUGUCAUUUUUUAAAAAGUGGAGACAAUUUUUAAAUGCCGAGCCCAUUUACGGUAACUCUUUCGUCAUUUGACAAGAUUCAUAAAUGUGGAUGGCAUAGCGUCAUUUCUCUUACCAAUUAAGAAAAAUUAUGGUGGCACUUAAAAUAUUUUACUUUUAUUAUUCCUUUUUGGAACAGUCGGUUUUAAGGUAAAAUGGCUUGUAAUUUGAGUUUUUGCUGCUGCUUGUAAGGCAGGGAAAUUAUGGCUUGCAUGUUUUUAUAAGCAUAAAUAAAUCUUGUGCUUUAUUUGGAAAGAGGAACUUAAGGCAGUUGAAAAUAGUACAAGUGGUUCAGAAGUUUCUUGAGAAGAGGAUUGAAAGAAAGAGAACCAGUAUAUAGAAAUUUCACAUAAUGAUCAAGGGAGUUUAUGGAUGUGUUUGUGGAAAUCUUACUCUAAUAACUUGUUGGAUUUAGAUGCUGUUUUAUUCUCUACUUGUGGAAAAAAUGCCUUAUUUCACCAUGGUUGGGAGACAGAGAGUAGCUGUUAACUGUUCUUGUUAAUGGGGGUGAGUAUGUUAAGGAAGAGAUGUAGAACCAGAAGAGUGAGGAGACUCGAACCAUUCCAAAGCAAGGAAAUCUUUAAAGACCUUGUAUUUUACACUCUGGCGAACUCCUAGAGGGACCUGACUCCUCAUCAGUUCAUGCAAAAAAUUAUUUGCUGAGCAAUUGCUGGGCUCUAAAAAUUCAUACUUUAAGCACAAGCAAUCACUCAGUUUCCAGUCAACCUAAUUACGUCAGCAUCCAUUUAUUUUUCUUUCUUGUUCACAAGGACUUUUGAUCAUGAGAGACCUGGCCAAGUCUUCCAUAAUCCCGAUGGGUUUCCUGGGGCCGUUACUUGAGUAUUCCUGUCAAAAUAUUUUCAUGAACUUGCCUCUGUUAACACUAGUUUCCUUCAUAAGUGUUAACAAAUAUCCUUUUAAUAAUCUAUUCCAGAAUAGUCUCCAGGAGUAAGUUUACUGGUUGGAAUUUGUGGAAGCCACUUUCUCAAGUUUCCCAAAUUAGAUAUGUAGUCCUCAGCUGAUUCCUCAAAGAUGAUUGACAGUGAAGUUCACCCAUCUCUGUGGUAGGCUGUUAGGCACGUAAGUGAUUAGAAGACUGAGGACCUGCUCUCCUAAUAUCUACCCACUUUUACCAUAUCAGUGUUUUAUGAAUUAGAUCGCUUACCAAGAGAAAGCAGAAACAAAAUACUUGAAUCUCACAGUAUCGGACAGGCUCUUUUUAUUGCUCUAGAUUUAUUUUCCACAUUAAUCUCUUUGGGGUGGCCCUAGCCUAUUAUUCCUACAGGUUCAGCUGAGGCAUAGUUAGCCAGCUUGGGUUUAUAAUCCAGUUUGUGUUAAACAUUCCCUGUGCAUCAACAGCUGUUCAUUUAGGUACUCCUUUUUUUUUUUUUUUUUUUCCCUAUUACAGUUACUUUUGGUAUUAUGUGCUUAUCUUUAAAAGCUUUCCAAAAAAUUAGCCAGGCAUGGUGGUAGAUGCUUAUAGUCCCAGCUAUUUGGGAGGCUGAGGCAGGAGAAUCGCUUGAACCUGGGAGGCAGAGGUUCCAGUGAGCUGAGAUUGCACCACUGCACUCCAGCCUGGGCAACAGAGCGAGACCCUGUCUGGGGAAAAAAAAAAAAAAAAAAAAAAAAAGCUUUCUAUCUCUCCAAAACUGUUUUCCCCAUUUGUGUCUAUUUUAUUGUAUCUAGUGAAACACUGUGGUUACAUCUAUACCAGCUUUUUGUUGCUAUGGUUACUACAGAUUCUCCUGAAUUAAAGCUCUAAUAUAAUAAAUGUAGUCUGUUCAGCAUUUACUGAGUAAUACUACUAUAUCAUGGCAAUAUGGCCCUUUAAUACUAAGGAGGUAUAUGGUAGAAACUAUUUGAAUACUCAUCUAAAUGUUAUUAAUGAUACUUGGCAGUUUUCUCAAUGCUUAAUGAUAUUCCUCACUUCCCAUUCCAGGGGAGGGGAGGGUUUGGUUCCAGGCUAUGGACAAACUGCUAAUUUGUUUGAAAUGUGAAUUAUUUUUCAUGGGAAAGGGAAGUGAUAGGAAAUGACCAAGACCAUCCACUUUUUACUUGUGUAUGGAUCGAGUAUUAAUAGUAGUUUCCAAGCCUCAUUGAUUGUACUGUGAAUGGACAGACUUGCCAGUCAAGUUAAUGUACCCAGUUAAUGGUCCUUCACAUGGAAACAAAGUAUACAGCAGUUUACAGCAUAUGUCUCUCUUCAAGCCAGUUCAGUGUUUUCACCUUGAUAAUCACUCCUGCUAGCAGUUCUUACAAAGCUCUUCUCUGCUCCCCAAAUCAUUGUAUUUUGAAAAUAUGUCAAAUAUUUACAUAGAAAGGAAAUAAAGUUGUGCUUUGAAACCAGCAAAGUA